AUGCAGCCCUGUCAUCUCUUCCUCUUUCUUCUGCUCCUUCUCCCUGGGAUGUGGGCAGACCCAGAGGAGCCACAGGUUCUUCAGCUGCUCCACACCGGUGUCUUCACCAUCAGCUCUGCUGACAUAUCCGUGGUGAUUCUCCUGGGGGAUGUGGCCAUCUUGUCACUGGAUCCUGGCAACUGGAGCAUCUAUUUCUAUUGGCCCUGGGCCAGCCAGGCCACAGCCGAGGGUGAUGCAGAGAAGAUCAUGUCCCACUUCAAAUUCUUUCUGCGCAAUUUCAUCCAAUAUGUACACGAAACGGCCCAGCAGGUGCAACUGGACUACCCAUUUGUGAUCCAGAUCCGUGCGGGCUGUGUGCUGCACCCCAAUAAGACAAGCUGGGGCUUCGUGAAUGUUGCGGAGGGUGGCAGAGACCUCAUAGCUUUCAACAUGGAGAAGCAGCACUGGGAGCCCCAGCAGCCAUCCCCACUAGCAGAGCUGACCAGCUAUGGCCUCACCAGCAAGAAGGCCAUCACAGUGUUCCUGGUACACCUCCUCUCCAUCUUCUGCCCAAGCUACACCCUCACCCUGUAUAACUACGGGAGGGCUGAUCUAGAGAGACAAGAGCCUCCCCUGGCCACAGUCUUCGCCCUCACCCCCAGUGCAGCCCAGCUCCUGCUGGUUUGCCGUGUCACCGGCUUCUACCCACGGUCCAUCAGUGUGGUGUGGCUGCGGGAUGGCCAGGAGGUGCCACCGGGCCCGGCUCUCAACACCAGUGCCAUCCUGCCCAAUGCUGACCUCACCUACCAGCUCCGCAGCGUCCUGGCUGUGGUUCCCCAUGACGGGCACAGCUACGCCUGCCGUGUGCGCCACUGCAGCCUGGGCACCCACAGCCUCCUUAUCCCAUGGGAAAACCUCAGCACAGCUCCAACCAUCAGCAUCAUCAUCUCAGUGCUGCUCCUUGUGGUCACAGCCUUUGCUGGGGGGAUUUGCUGGUGGAAGUGCAGGAAAGGUGCCGAGUCCACAUGGGAGACCCAGUAA